AGUGGUCGGCGGCGGAAGAUGGCGGAGGAGGGCUCGGUUUGCAGCUUCGUUUUCAAGAAGCGGGGCCUGGCGGCGGGCAGGGGUCGGCGCAAGCGGCCCAGCAGCGACCAGGAGCAGGAGAGCAGCGGUGAGGAGGGCAGCACGGUGGUGCGGAAGGAGCGGCGGCGGGAGACCCCUAACCCCAUGAUCCAGAAGACCAGGAGAUGCACGAAGGAGAGGCCCGCGUACGCGCUGAGCAGCAGUGACGACGAGGAUCCAUCAAAGGAGAUCGGAGUCACUUACAAAUCGACAAGGUCGGCGAAACCCGUUGGCCCAGAAGACAUGGGAGCCACAGCAGUGUAUGAACUGGACACGGAGAAGGAGAAAGAUGCUCAGGCCAUCUUUGAACGCAGCCAGAAAAUCCAGGAGGAACUGAGAGGAAAGGAAGAUGAUAAAAUUUACCGUGGUAUUAACAACUACCAGAAGUAUGUGAAGCCCAAGGACACAUCAAUGGGAAAUGCCUCUUCAGGAAUGGUCAGAAAAGGACCCAUCCGUGCUCCGGAGCACUUGCGGGCCACGGUGCGGUGGGACUACCAGCCCGACAUCUGCAAAGACUACAAAGAAACUGGGUUCUGCGGCUUUGGAGACAGCUGCAAAUUCCUCCACGACCGCUCGGACUACAAACACGGCUGGCAGAUUGAACGGGAACUGGAUGAAGGCCGGUACGGAGUCAAUGAUGAGGAAAACUAUGAGGUGAGCAGCGAUGAGGAGGAUAUGCCUUUCAAAUGCUUCAUCUGCAGAAGUUCCUUCAAGAACCCCGUGGUCACCAAGUGUAGGCACUACUUCUGUGAGAGCUGUGCCCUCCAACACUACCGCAAAUCCCAGCGCUGCUACGUCUGUGACAAGCAAACCAAUGGCGUCUUCAACCCAGCAAAAGAACUCAUGGCAAAAUUGGAAAAACACAAAGGGGAGGAAGAAGAGGAGGAAGAGCAGCAGCAUUCAGACCAUGGAGAGGAUCCACAAUAGCAGAGCACCCUGUUUUGUAUGUAGCUGAAUAAAGUUUUCAUAGGAGGAAAAAAAAAGCUCCCAGCAGUUGCCUUGGGGCCAGCAGCUGUACCCAGCUUGCGUAUCCAACCAGGAGCUACUAAAACAGUGUCCCCACCGUGCCAGACUCCCUGCUUGCUGCUCUAAAGCAUAAGACAGAACAGGUAAGGUCAGACUCGAGAGUCGUGGCCGAGUAUGGCUGUCUACCACCAUGCUGCCAGCAGGACCCCAGCAGUUGCCCCCGAGUGCAGCAGUGCACUGGGGAAGGAGGUGUUAAAGGCUGUGCAUUCAGUUACUUCCUAACUUCUUUUUUUGACCAAGGUGUUGCUGUUCACUCCUAACUUUGCACUGAUCUUGCUUGCUUGGGGUUGCUGUGUAAGCAUAAAACUAUCUCUAAGUUAAUUUAAGUCCAUAAUUGUUAAGCAUUAAGUGAGCCGAAAGCAUGGAACGGGAUGAGAAAUAUUAGCUUGCGAUAAGUUCAUCCUUCACCCUAAAAAUGCAAGCUCAGGGGAAGGCAGGCUGGAGUGCUGCAGUUAUUUGUGAUUUAUUAUAGCUCAGUGUUUUCCCUCAUGUCCUUUCUGCCUGCCUCUUGGUUCCUAGGAGGAUUCAAGAGAGGCUUACAAUGGCAGUGGGAACACCUCUGUCGAAACAUCCCUCUUCUGUGAGGAAACCCAUCUCCUCCUCGGUCCCAAAGGUUUUAUGCUGAGUGUUACCGUGGUUUUUUUCUUGCUGUAAGUACCAGUGACCUAGUCUGUGCUCAGGCUUGUGGGAGAGGGAGAAGGAUUUUUGCAAGCUGCAGACUUCAUAACAAGAUAGGAAAUUAAGAUCUACUUACUAUAAUACAAUUAAAGCGGGAGCCAAACCUGGUCCUAGAGAGGAAGCAGAAGUGGGCUCGUCCUUUCCAGUAGAGCCUGCCCUUACAAACGCCCCUGCUCUGGCAGAGUGAGUGCGUUCUACUGAAGCUUUCAGAAGAGAGCAAGAGCGGUUGUUUGCAGCUUCUUGCUUUAGUUUAAAGAAAUACAGUUUUGAAACACGAAGGCAGUUGCAAUUAACAGUGCUGCAAGCUCCCGGGUGAGCUGUACACCAGCAGCUGCCUUCAGCUGGGUACGUUCUAAUGGCACCCAGCUGGGGCGCA